AUGCACUCAUCAACGCGCUCAGUGGAAAUCUCAUCGUUCCGUAGGAAUCGCGGCGGCUGCGCGCGCGCCUCUGACGCAUAUCAAAGAUGCGCGACGGCCAUUUUUUCCGCCGCUCGCUCCCGAUUUGGCUCCCGGCCAGAGACGCCGCCUGGCGGUGUGCCAACGCGCCGAAUCACCCCUCCCCGGGACCAACAGGCGGACUCGGCCGUCGAUUCGAAACGGAAU